CGGGCUGCACCCUGCACCCCCCCGGACCCCCGGGGUGCUCUGCCUGCCCCCGCGGCGUGCUUUGCCUGUCGUCUACCCCCUCCCUGCUCGCCUCCGCCCCCUCCCUGGGCCACCAGCCCCAGCGAAACCAGCUGCUGCGGCUGGAUACGGCCCACCCCCACGGGAGACCAGCUUCCGGCAGCCCUGGGCUCGCUGGUGCAAAAGCCUUCCUCCCCUUCCUCUCCCCCCUCCUCCUUCUCGUCUUACUCCCCUCCACCCCGCUUGCAGCCGUGGAAGGGAGUGUGGGUCGCAGCCCAGACACGCGUGGGAGGAGGAGGAGGGAUGAGGCUGCCCCGUCGGGGCGCCGCAGGGCGGCGGGGGGGGGGGGGGGUAAAGGGGGCGGGGCCGCACCGCUGCCCCCCAUUGGCCACCGACACCCUCCCCCCUCACCCCACCCCCCCCCAGGCCGAGGGAGGCUUCGGGCUGUGCAACGGGUGGCGGAGUCCUCGCGGGGUGACGUCAUGGGGUGGGGAAAUUCCGUGCACUGACGUCACGCCUGGGUGGUAUUCCACCUGCGCUGGGCGUCCGCCCCUGGCUGGGGGGGCGGACGGGGGACCACAGACGGCAUCAGUCCCUGGGCCCCCGCCCUUGCGCACGCCCCCUUGCAGCCCCCCUAGAGCUCGCCCCCCCCGCACACCCUGGUGCAGCUUCCUUGCACAGCACCCCCUGCACCUGCCUCUGCACCCUCAAAAUUCACAGCCCCCUUUGCACCCCUGCACCCCCCACCUUCCCUGCACCCCCCACCUUCCCUGCACCCCAUCCCACGGUCCCAGAGCAGCUCCCUGCACUUGCUGCACCUUGUUUGCAGCACCCAGGGUGCUGCAUCCCGAGGCUGGCAUGUCUGUGACCAGGGUGGCACAUCCUUCUGUCCGUUUGUGACCAGGCUGGCAUGUCCCUCUGUCUGUGCCAGGCUGGCACAUCUGUAACUGGGGUGACAUGUCCAUAACCAGGUGCUGUGAGUGCGGGGCCUCCCUGUCCCACCAGUACUAUGAGAAGGAUGGGCGCCUGUACUGCAAGAAGGAUUACUGGGCGCACUUCGGGGAGCUCUGCCACGGCUGCUCUGAGCAGAUCACCAAGGGGCUGGUCAUGGUGGCUGGGGAGCAAAAGUACCACCCCGAGUGCUUCAGCUGCCUCAACUGCCGCACAUUCAUCGGGGACGGGGACACCUACGCGCUGGUUGAGCGCUCCAAGCUCUACUGCGGGCACUGCUAUUACCAGAUGGUGGUGACGCCCGUCAUCGAGCAGAUCCUGCCGGAUUCGCCAGCUUCCCGUAUCCCGCACACUGUCACGCUUGUCUCCAUCCCCGCCUGCUCCGAUGGCAAACGUGGCUUCUCCGUCUCCAUUGACCAGGGCUGCGGCACCGAGCACCCCCGCACCGUCCGCGUCCGAGAAGUGGAUCCAGACUGCAUCAGCCCUGACAUGAAGAACUCCAUCCACGUCGGGGACCGCAUCCUGGAGAUCAACGGCACCCCUAUCGGCCACGUCCCGCUGGAUGAGAUCGACCUGUUGAUCCAGGAGACCAGCCGCCUGCUGCAGCUGACCAUCGAGCACGACCCCCACGAGCCCCUUGCUCGCGAGUCGGGGCUUGCCUGCAGCCCCCUGCCCGCCCCGUGCAGCACCCUAUGCUCCCCAGCCCCCCUGCCCUGCGAGGAGCCCAGCGCCAUGCGCCAGCGUACUGUCACGAGGAGCUGCAGCACGGACAAGUCUCCGGGCUCUGGCUCGGUGGGCUCACCUGCGUCGCAGCGCAAGGACAUUGGUCGCUCCGAGUCGUUGCGUGUCGUCUCCCGCGCCCAUCGCAUCUUCCGCCCCUCCGACCUGAUCCAUGGCGAGGUGCUGGGCAAGGGCUGCUUUGGCCAGGCCAUCAAGGUGACGCAUAGGGAGACAGGCGAGGUGAUGGUCAUGAAGGAGCUGAUCCGCUUCGAUGAGGAGACGCAGAGGACCUUCCUCAAAGAGGUGAAGGUGAUGCGCUGCUUGGAGCACCCCAAUGUGCUGAAGUUCAUCGGGGUGCUGUACAAGGAAAAGAGGCUUAACUUCAUCACGGAGUACAUCAAGGGUGGCACCUUGAGGAGCCUCAUCAAAAGCAUGGACAGCCACUACCCCUGGAGCCAGCGGGUCAGCUUCGCCAAGGACAUUGCUGCUGGCAUGGCCUACCUCCACUCCAUGAACAUCAUCCAUCGAGACCUCAACUCUCACAACUGCCUCGUGCGGGAGAACAAGAGUGUGGUGGUGGCUGAUUUUGGGCUGGCACGGCUGAUGGUGGAUGAGAAGAACCAGCCCGAACAUCUCAAGAACCUGAAGAAACCAGACCGCAAGAAGCGGUACACGGUGGUGGGGAACCCAUACUGGAUGGCCCCCGAGAUGAUCAAUGGGAGGAGCUAUGAUGAGAAAGUGGACAUCUUCUCCUUUGGCAUUGUCCUGUGUGAGAUCAUCGGCCGGGUGAGCGCUGACCCCGACUACCUGCCCCGCACCACUGACUUCGGCCUCAAUGUCAGGGGCUUUCUGGACCGCUACUGCCCUCCUGCCUGCCCCCCCAGCUUCUUCCCCAUCGCUGUCUGCUGCUGCGACCUGGACCCUGAGAAGCGGCCGUCCUUCAGCAAGUUGGAGCAGUGGCUGGAAGCCCUCCGCAUGCACCUGGAGAUCCACCUGCCUCUGAGCUCCCAGCUGGAGCAGCUGGACCGAGCCUUCGGGGAGAUGCACCGGCGGGGCGAGGGCGGGCUGCCUGCGCCCCCCCGAUAGAACCCUCCCACCCACACCCCCUCUGAAGCUGCGGGAGAAGGAGCUGCGCCCGCUGCCAGCAUCUCCGGCUGCUGCCACCCCUGGGGCUGGAUCCCUGGGGCUCCCUGGAUGAGCCACCUACCCCGUCUCCUCUGCACGGGCUGCCUGCACUGCUGCCCGCACCGCUGCCCUCACCGGUCCUGGGAGCUGGCUCUCCCCAGGGCUGCACGGCCCCUGUGCAUCCCCCCACCCCGCCCCCGCCGUAGCUGUUACCCCCAGGGCAAGCCCAGCCGGCCGCACCACGGGGACUGUCCCGACGUCCCCUGCCCCGGCUCGCUUUGCCUUUGCACACCUGGGGGCUGUGUGGCCACUACACCCCCUUGAGCCCCGUGGGCUCCCCUGUACAGAGCCGCGGCCUCACGGCGGUGCCUUGGCUUUCUGUGAACUUGCACUGCGACACAGGAGGGGUCCCCUGGUUCAUUUGGGAGGGGCAUAUGGCCCCCAGACCCCAUCGGGGAGCACGGGUCCUGGGGCAGCCUUGUAGCAAUGCCCUCAUCCUCGGCCGGCCCCUCUCAUGCUGCUCCUGCUGGCACCUCGGGCUUGGGGGGCUGCUAGCAUCCCCUCCCAAGUGAGGGGGCCAUGGGGGGGGACACACACCCCCAUGGCAUGGGGACAGGCACGUAGUGGCCCCCACCGCCCCCACAUCCCUGCUGCCCGUGCUAAUCUGUGACCGCACAUCUCGGGACAGCGCUGGGUGGUCCAGAGGGAUGUGGGGCUGCGGCUUGUCUCGGUCCCCGUGUCCUGGGGUGGCUGGGGCGGGGUUGCGCCGUGCGGUGCUUUUCAUGCUCUUUAUUCAGGUUCAUUUUUCUGUAAGAUAUUUAAAGAGAAGAGUUUGUAUUAUUUUUUCAUACGACGUAGCGUUUGCCAUUUGUCACUGCCUCGGUUCUGCUUUCCUGAAGGGAUGAAACUGUGAAGCCUCUCCGCGCACUUUUGCCCGGGAAGUCCAAGGCGAUGUCCUCUCCAGAGGCGGGAAGGGAGCUCAAACUGUGAUGUACCCCGAGCCGUGAGUCAAUAAAUCCUUCCCUGCUCGCU